UUAUUCACAUUCUACCACAAUAUAAUUGGCAACUGCUUCUAAUUAAAAUUAGAAUGUUAUCCACGUAUUACCCAAUUUCAACAGUGUGCAAUCGAAGUUGACUAUUAAAUUGUAUUCUAGCUUUCGUUGGUUUUUGUUGAACUGAACAAAAUGGCGUCGGGAGGCACCAUAAUACCGCCACCUCACAGCUCGAUUUGCUUUGCGCGAAACCUCUUUCAAGCGCUCAGCAAGUCGCCUGAGCUGAGUGCCAAGAAUCACAUGGUUUCCCCAGCGGCAGCUCGCAGUGCCUUGACUUUGGUGUUCAUGGGAGCUGGUGUCAAGAGCGCAGAGGAAUUGCGUCGUGGAUUGUUGCUUGGGUCGGCUAAGAAAGUGGAGAUUGCUGAGCAACACGCGGAGGUCAUGAGCAAAGAGUGUGUGUGCAAUGAAAAGGGGGUGUCUAUGCGUCUGGCCACGGGAUUAUUUGUCAAGGAUGAUCUCGAGUUGCUGCCCGAUUUCAAUGCGAAGGCCUUGGAGUUCUUCAACGUUCAGGCGGAUGCUUUGAACUUUUUGGAUGCCCAGAGUGCGAUGCAGCAUGUGAACAAAUGGAUCGCAACCCAAACAUUUUACACUAUUAGAAAUCCAUUUAGUUCGGCGACUUUCAGUGUAGAAUCCAGCGUUCUAUUGGUGAAUUCUGUGUAUUUUCGAGCCAGAUGGGCGAAACGUUUUGCUGUGGAGCACAGUACAUUGGAUGAUUUCUGGAUUAACCCGAAGCAGCGAAUGCAGCUGACGAUGAUGCGACAGGUGGGAAAAUUCCGCUAUGGGCAAUCAAAUAAGCUGAAAUCGAGAAUACUGCAAUUGCCUUUCGAGGAAUCCGAUUUAACCAUGCUGUUAAUUGUGCCCUUCGAAAUUGAUGGACUGCCAGAGUUGGAGAUGAAACUGCAGCAGUUCGAUUUGAAUGAAGUCGCCUUGAAGUCUGUGAUGCACGACUGUGAAGUAAUGGUGCCCAAGUUCAAGAUGGAAUGCGAUGUGGAUCUAAAAGUGCCGCUGCAGAAACUGGGAAUCAAGCGCAUCUUUGAGCCUGGAAAUGCAGAUUUAAGUGGUCUAUUUGCCAAGAAGUCACAGGGUCUGAUUACGGAGGCCAGACAGAAACUCUAUUUAAAUGUUAACGAGGCGGGUUGCGAAACAAAUUUCGAUGCACCUGUGAAACCAGCUGCAGUUGGCAAAGAUGUGGAACUAAAGAUAUUUAAGGCAAAUCAUCCAUUUGUGUUUGCCAUACGAAACAAUAGAAAUGUCUAUUUUGUGGGUCAUUUUGUCAAGCCCUGAUUAGCCCGGGCAAGCCGAGCAAGCGGCGCUUUCAAUUGUGUGCCCAUAAAAUCAAAUGCAAAUUUUUAUUACAAAUCGCCGGUCGUUUGCGUUGACAGCCCUCGACGACAUCAGGAUGCUUGUAAUGGGCCAUUGCAGCCUUAUUGCUAAACAUACAAUUGUAAUCGACAGUCAACAGUCGACAGUCAGACACAUAGAUAUACUGUUUGUAUAAAUGAAAGUUCAAUAAAAUCAACGGCAGUGUCAGAUGUACAAAA